GAGCAGGGAGGCUACGAUGGAUGCAGAAAAAACUGCUGCUGCCCUUGAGGCUGUCAACAAUGAGACUGUUGAUUUGGAACAUAUUCCUAUUGAAGAGGUCUUUCAAAGCUUGAAAUGUACUGAGGAAGGACUCAGCUCUGAUGCGGCCAAGAAACGUUUAGAGAUGUUUGGUCCAAACAAACUUGAAGAAAAAAAGGAGAAUAAAAUUCUGAAGUUUUUGGGCUUUAUGUGGAACCCCCUUUCAUGGGUGAUGGAAGCAGCAGCAAUCAUGGCUCUUUUUCUUCCUCAUGGAAAGAAUAAGGGAACUGAUUACCAAGAUUUUGUUGGUAUUAUUGGGUUACUUAUCAUCAACUCAACCAUUAGUUUCAUAGAGGAGAAUAAUGCUGGAAAUGCAGCUGCAGCUCUCAUGGCUCGGUUGGCCCCUAAAGCAAAGGUUUUACGUGAUGGGAAAUGGAAUGAAGAAGAUGCUUCAAUUCUGGUUCCUGGGGACAUUAUUAGUAUAAAACUUGGAGAUAUAAUUCCAGCUGAUGCGCGGCUACUUCAGGGAGAUCCUUUGAAGAUUGAUCAGUCCGCCCUUACGGGAGAAUCUCUUCCAGUAACCAAGAACCCUGGUGAUGGGAUUUAUUCUGGUUCAACAUGCAAGCAAGGUGAAAUUGAAGCUGUUGUUAUAGCAACUGGAGUGCACACCUUUUUUGGGAAGGCAGCACAUCUUGUGGAAAACACUACACAUAUUGGACAUUUUCAGAAGGUUUUGACUGCAAUUGGUAACUUUUGCAUUUGCUCCAUCGCAAUUGGCAUGGUGAUCGAAGUGAUUGUGAUAUUUGGGCUCCAACAUAAGAAACUACGUGAAGCUAUAGACAGUCUUCUGGUUCUGUUGAUUGGUGGCAUCCCCAUUGCUAUGCCUACAGUGCUCUCUGUAACCAUGGCAAUCGGUUCCCAUCGCUUGUCCCAGCAGGGUGCUAUAACAAAAAGAAUGACAGCUAUUGAGGAAAUGGCUGGUAUGGAUGUGUUAUGCAGUGAUAAAACUGGCACUCUUACUCUCAACAAGCUAACAGUGGACAAAACUUUAAUUGAGGUUUUUGCCAAAGAUGUUGAAAAAGAUGCGGUAGUUUUGAUGGCUGCCCGAGCUUCAAGGUUAGAAAACCAAGAUGCAAUUGACACUGCAAUUGUAUCCAUGCUGGCUGAUCCUAAGGAGGCACGAGCUGGAAUUACAGAAGUCCACUUCCUGCCGUUCAAUCCAACUGACAAGAGGACAGCUCUUACUUACAUUGACAGCAAGGGUAAAAUGCACAGAGUGAGCAAAGGUGCACCGGAGCAGAUUCUAAACCUGGCAUGGAACAAAUCAGAGAUUGAGAGUAGAGUGCAUUCAAUAAUAGAUAAGUUUGCUGAGCGUGGGCUUCGGGCACUUGCAGUUGCUCGCCAGCAAGUACCCGAAGGUACUAAGCAAAGUGUUGGUGGCCCUUGGGAAUUUGUUGGUCUCCUCCCUCUUUUUGACCCUCCUCGCCAUGACAGCGCUGAAACAAUAAGAAGAGCUCUAGAUCUUGGUGUUAGUGUUAAGAUGAUUACAGGGGACCAAUUAGCAAUUGCUAAAGAAACAGGGAGACGCCUUGGAAUGGGCACAAACAUGUACCCUUCGUCAGUUCUUCUUGGAGAAAGCAAUGAUGCUGCUUUAUGUUCAGCUCUACCAGUUGAAGAGCUUAUUGAGAAAGCUGAUGGUUUUGCUGGUGUCUUCCCUGAGCACAAGUAUGAAAUCGUGAAGAUAUUGCAAAGCAGGAAACACAUUUGUGGAAUGACGGGCGAUGGAGUUAAUGAUGCCCCUGCAUUGAAGAAAGCUGACAUUGGAAUUGCGGUGGCAGACUCAACAGAUGCCGCCCGAAGUGCAUCAGAUAUAGUUCUAACUGAGCCAGGGCUUAGUGUAAUUAUUAGUGCCGUCUUAACUAGUCGUGCCAUCUUCCAGAGAAUGAAAAACUACACAAUAUAUGCAGUAUCAAUCACAAUUCGUAUUGUGUUGGGUUUCAUGCUGCUAAGAGCAUUUUGGAAAUUCAACUUUCCUCCUUUUAUGGUUCUUGUCAUUGCUAUUCUUAACGAUGGGACUAUCAUGACUAUAUCCAAAGAUAGGGUGAAGCCAUCACCACUUCCAGAUAGUUGGAAGCUCAAUGAAAUUUUUGCAACGGGGAUUGUCAUAGGAAGCUACCUUGGUCUUAUGACUGUCAUGUUUUUCUAUUUGACUUAUGAAACCAGCUUUUUCUCGAAAACCUUCCAUGUAACUGAUUUCAGUAAAGGUUCGAAUGAUCUCAACGAUCAAUGGGCUGUGGAAUCUCUAAAUAAGAAGCUAGCUUCUGCAGUGUAUCUUCAAGUUAGCACCAUCAGCCAAGCUUUGAUCUUUGUCACACGUUCUAGAGGGUGGUCUUUUAAAGAACGACCCGGCCUUCUUCUUGUCGCUGCUUUUAUCAUUGCUCAGUUGGUUGCAACUCUUCUAUCAGCCAUGGUUACACCGCCAAGUUUUGCUGGGAUUGAGAAGAUCGGGUGGCGCUGGACUGCUGUUAUUUGGUUAUACAACAUUGUCACCUAUUUUCUGCUCGAUCCAAUCAAGUUUGGAGUUCGCUAUGCCCUUAGUGGGAAAGCUUGGGGACUCCUACUAAACCAGAAGACGGCCUUCUCCACCCAGAAGGACUUCGGGAAAGAAGUGCGCGAGGCAGCCUGGGCAGCUGAACAGAGAACACUCCACGGCCUUCAACCCCCGAAAGCAAAAAUGUUCAGCGAGAAUCACGGUUUCACAGAGAUCAGCAUGUUGGCUGAGGAAGCAAAGCGGCGUGCAGAGAUUGCAAGGCUAAGGGAACUUCACACACUGAAGGGCAGGGUGGAGUCAUUUGCAAAGCUGAGAGAGUUAGACAUUGAAAAUGUGAAUCCACAUUACACUGUCUGAAGCUAAGUCUGAUGCAGAUGCAGCCAUCUUUGAAGUGAUUUUUUAUCUUCAUAUAUUCUAAUAAAAAUCUCCCCACAACCCCUUUUUCUAUGGUCUAUGAUCUCACUGUGCAAAACCGCGCAGUCUCUGGUGUUGUUGUUCUUCUUUUGUUGCUAUUUCAUUUCAUUUCAUUAGGCUCAUUGCUGAGCUGCAGAAGGUGCUUUAAUGGAGACAAUAAUGCAGUCAAUGCACCAUUUUGAAAA